CCUCUCGGCUUUUAUUUUUGGAGCUUCUCAGCUCGGAUGCUACCAGAACCCUUCGACUUCACUCUCUAAAGGAGUCAAGAUGACGUCCAAACUGGUGGUUAAGCAGCCCGCGCCCGUCAUGGUUCACCAAGAGUCAAACCAGUGGGGCAGCAGAAUCUGUGAUUGUUGCGAUGACCUCCCCAUGUGCUGCUUCGCAUUCUGGUGCCUACCUUGCUUCGAGUGUGUGACAGUGAAAAAGUACGGCGAGUGCUUAUGCCUCCCCCUGGUGGAUUACCUGCUCAGUCCCUGUGUGCCCCCUGUCACCAUGACCACCAGACAGUCCAUGCGCCAGCUCUACGGGAUACAGGGCUCCAUGUGCAACGACUGCGUGUGUGCCACCUUUUGCCGUUCCUGCGUGUGGUGCCAGAUGGCGCGUGAGAUGAAGGAGCGCUCUAUCCAAAUCGUGCUUGUUAACAAACACACAAAGAACUUAGCCUGAUGACAGCGCCACCUUCCUUUUUCUUUUCAGGGACUCAUAAUCGAACAACUAUAUAUACUGUAUACUGUAAUACAUUUAACAUUUUAGUUUAACAUUCAUCCAGCCUCCUACUGUAAAUAGAACCUAUUGCAUUCAUUGGUUGAUGUCUUCCACCAACGUCAGCAAUCUUUUAACAAUGUCAGUCACUAUCGCUCCUUGGAGGACCUUCAAGGUACUUCAGGACAAAAUGCACUAACCUUAGUUCAUAAAAUUGUUACCUUAUGCGGGGAAUGCAACGCAAAAUGUCCGAGGAUCUGUUGUCGCCAAAAAACGACAUCACGAUAAUGGAAUAACAAAUACAGGUAGUCCCCGGGUUACGAUGCACCCGACUUACGUGAUUUCGACUUUACGACCCUGGAGACUCGUCAGCCAUUUUAUCUCCAGUUGUUUUAAUUUUUAAAACAUUUUUUAGUUGCACGUUUUUUUUAGUCACUUCACAGUGUCUUAUUUUUUACUUUAUUUUAUUAAUAUGGCUGUUCUGUCUUAUGGCGAAAUGCGUACAUGAUUAUGAGGUUGACUUUUGUUUUGUGAUGCAUGAUUUUAUUUUGGCGCAGGAAGCGUAGACAAGGUCGUACUUCCGCAUGCGAGUAAGAGCGCAUGUAAACACGAGGAAGAACGUAUUUGCGCACACGAAAAAGAGUGCACGCACACACUUAUGGAAGAGCGCGUUUGCUCCCACGAAGAAGUUGUGCAGCCGAGUUAGAGAGAGAAGGGAAAGAUUACAGUUUAGCUCAGUCUCGCCAUAAGCGGAGUUUAAGGGUGUGCCAUGCCCCCCUGGUGGCCAAAAAGUGUCAGUGCAUGUAAUUGACUUUCCUCUAUAUAUAAAAGUUGUAAAGCAAGAAAACAACAAAAAUGAAUGAAAUGAACAAAAAAAGACAUUUUUAUAAAUGGGUCUAAAUUAUUUUUCUAACAUAUCACGUGACUAGCACCUUAGAAGGUCAUUUGGUUUGCAUAUCAUUUUCAAAAAAAAUUUUAAAAAAAUAAAAAUAAAAAAAUAAAUAAAAAUGGGGAGGGCAAUUUUAUUUUUUAUAAAAGAUUUUUUUCUUUGAUUGAAAAUAUAUAUUUUUUUUAUGAUUGAAGCAACUUUUUGGGGAUUGAAUGAUUUAGACACAAAUGCCCUACCCAUAAUAUGGCUCAAACACAAAAAGGAUUGCUAAAAUCAAACAAAACAUUUUUUAAAUGAAAAAUUAAGUGUUCAAAUGCUAAUUUUUGAGUCUGAAAUAUUUUUUCACAUUUAAAAACUUUUUUUCUACGAUCAAAAUUUUUCUUUUUUUGAUUGAAGUGAUGUUUCUUUUUUGUAUGAAGCAACUUAUUUUUUGAUUGAUUAUUAAAGACACAAAUGUCCUAGCCAAAAUGUGGCUCAAACACAAAACAACAUCAAUCAAAAAAGUUGCUUCAAUCAAAAAAAUUGACUUCAAUCCAAAAAAAAAAAAAAUCAAAUCAAAAUAGCUUUCCUAUGGAUUUUUUUGAAUUUCAAAUUUAUUUUUGCAUUUCAAACACAUUUCUUUUUAUUGAAGUGACUUUUUUUAAAAUUGAAAAUAUAUAUUUUGAUUGAAGCAACUUUUUUUUUUUUUGAUUGAAGCAACUUUUUUUUUUUUUUUUU